AUGGAGGACUACGGAGGUGGCGGGUCAUCACUACCCGAUGACUUUUUAGGGGGUGAAGCCCCCCAACUCCGGUCUCUGAUUAUCCAAGAUAUCGGUUUCAACUGGAGCGCUCUGCGGGACAACCCAGUCUUGCGUCGCCUUAGCCAUCUCCAUAUCACAUCCACCCCCGAGGAUUGCAGAGCAGGAUCUGAGUGUUUUCUAACGCUUCUUGCUCGGAUGCCGUCCUUGCAAACAUGCCGCCUGAGCGAUUGCUUCAUGAAUGGGGAAGAUAUUCCAUCAACGGACUCCGUCACCGAUAUCCUGAUCCUCCCUCGACUUUCAAAACUAGCUCUAUUGGGCCCUAUGGUAGCCAUAUCUGGAAUCCUUCACUACCUUCGCGUUCAGCCUAGGGCCGAAGUAAGCCUGGCAUGCACUCUCGCCGGCUCUACUGGAGGCAUGUUGUCGUUCUUCAAUCACCGCUUGAACGACCCAAACCGGCCACCGUGCCGCUACCUCGAACAUCGCUUGGUUGGGAAUAGCUUCAGCAUGCAAAUGCAUGCAAAUAGGACCCUGCUUAGUGCCGUUGACCCCGAGCCGCUGCUGGACGUACGUGUGAUGUUCCGUGAGCAUCAUGAAGCAUUCAUGGGCCUCCACAACAUUGUCCCGUUGGCCGAGAUCCACGAAUGGGAUCUCAAUGUUUCUGCAUCCUUUGGCAUACACAUGCUCGCCGCGGUAUUCUCUCGCUGCGAGAACGUUGUUCAACUUAGGUUGACGAACGUAUCCGGAAUUCGGCAAGUGUUCGAAUCUUAUCUGGCGCCGUUCCGUAGCCCAAACGAACACGACAAGAAGACCGCUUUCCUGCCGAACCUUCGCAGCAUCCGGCUGUCCGGUCGGUAUCCCUUGGAAGGGGAAACCUUCUGGACCGUAGUUCCCGGAGUCAUGACCGAACGCCACAAGUUGCUCGGCAUCUUGCCUUCUAUCACAGUCGAAGAUCCAGAUGGGGUCAGGGAGUAUGCCUUGGAGACUCUGCUGGCGAUGGCGGCACGAGUCGACAUCGCGACUGCAGUCGACGAUAUCUUGCAAGUAUGA